AUGGAAGAUUCAGUUUUUCUAUCAACACCGGUGAAUGCUACUGCAGCUGUUACUGUUCCUCAUAAAAUGGGACCUGUAAAAUUGCUGAAGCGUAGUGCUCGACGGUGUCUGUUUGGACGUCCGGAUCCGCAAAAUGUUGAUCAGUGGCUAACGAAGGAAUUAAGCGAAAUUCGACGCGAGCAGCAUCGGAGAUGGGGUUUUCUGUUCGGUCAUGAAAAUCCAUGUGCAUCAGCAAUCACCACCGAAUGGGAAUUCACUCCUGUUCCGGCCGAAUCAGUUCCUCAGUUCUAUCGCAGUUCCUAUUAUUUAUCCAGUCGCUGUACACCAACUGAAACUGAGAAUUGCGUGCCCUGUAGCAGUGGCGAAAAUAAUAACUGUAAUGUGGAUUCUCUGGCUACUUCUGUAUCAUCUGAUUGCUCAGGUCCAGAAAUACCGGUCCUUCCAGCUACAUCAAGUCUAACAAAAUGCAAAGAACAACGUAUAGCUGAGAAGCAGACAAAACUAAUCGCAUUUAUGAAUGUUGAUUCACGUAAGCGGUUGCGCCAGCAGACUCAGAAAGCUCCAUCAUCACCGAAAUCAAUACGUUUGAUCGGUCACUGCAGAUCGUUCAUAUAG